AUGGGUGGCUUGGAGUCCGGACAAGCCGAUGAAUAUUUUGAGCUCAUACGUCCUGCAGGUGUAAUAGAGAGCAUAUACAAGAUCCACCAUGGCCUCGGCGUCUUGUCGAACACAAUUGUUUGUGCGACAUAUGAGCGGACCGACAAUAUUCACUUAACUCCGGGCAUAUUGUACGCAGCUCUUCCCUUAGUGGUGUCGGAGCACCCAGCCCUGGCAACAAUCAUUGUUGAUCAGCCAUCCAAGAAGAAGAUUGGAGGCAAAAGGGCCUGGCAAGCACGUUUGAGAAAAAUUUGUGUCAAGGAUUGCGUCAGAUUUGUGGAUAAUGCAGCUGAGCAAGAACAGUUCAUUCGGUUGCUACAAGAGGAGCAUGAUAUCUGGUUCAAAACAGAGGAUAGGGCAAAACCGCUGUGGAGAGUUGUGGUUAAUGUGACCCAGGAGCAACAAGAGACCGGGCAAGACAAAAGUAUAUCGACUGAUAUCGAUGUGGCAAAACAUGAGAUGAAGCCCGAGUCAAUGGCUCUUCUCCAGGCUCUUGGCAUGAGAUUCAGCAUAUGCAUUGGUCUACUGAGCUACCUCUCCUCUUUUAUGGUCAAAUUCUUCCUACGGAGUAGUUAUACCUUCUUCAGCGAUGUCAUGUUCAAAGAGGGUUUACCCUCUAAAGACAGCCCAGUGCCUCUCGCGAAGCGGCCAGUCACCAAGCUGGAAAGGAUGUGCCUCAACCCAUCACAGCUCGCAGCAACUCUUAAAGCGUGCAGGAAACACAACACGUCAAUCACCACCCUCAUCGAAACACUAAUUCACGUUACGCUUGCAUCUGAUGUUUAUCCAGCGGCAAAAGUGGGUCUAUCGUACCUUGCAGUUGACCUACGGCGCUUCCUGCCGACUGAGUUUUCUAACACCAUGGGCAACUAUGUAUCAAGCCAUCAAACUAUUCACUGGCUGUGCAAUUACCGCAGAGCUGGAGUUACAUCUCCAGCUAACGAUAGGCAGAUUGCGCUCAUGUGGGAGCUAAGCCAAAGAGCUAAAGCUGACCUUGAUUCUGCCAUGUUCAGGCAUCAAACACCACGACCAGUGGCGAACGCUUUAGGGUUAACAGCUAUUGGCGAAGACGAUGAGUCUAUUAUGGCGGGAAUAUACAAAAUAUUAGAUGUCGCUGUCACGAAGACCUUUUGCGUGUCCAGCUUGGUCGAAUCAAAAAGUCAAUCAUCCGGGCCUUGGCAACUGAAAAGUGCUGAGUUCUCCGUGUCUGCACAAAAGUCGCAGGUGGGACCAAUGCUGUAUUUUGCAAUGGCAAGCAUGAGGGAUGACCAGUGUGUAAUCAAUGUUAGUCAUGAAGAGGGUGUACUCCAAACUGGGGUUGUUCGGAAGAUUCUUGAGGGGGUGGAGAGUCGGUUAAUCAUGUUGCUGGAAGCUGAAAAUGGUACUUAA